AUGGCACUGAGAACAGCAUUUGAGAGUUCUUCUGAGGUUGGUGUAUUUACUAACUUGACAAAUUCAUACUGUUUAUUAGCUCAUGGAUCUUCAGCAGCUUUUACAUCAGUAUUUGAAGCUGAACUAAUGGAUCAUAUACCAAUCAUAAAUACCCUAAUUGGUGGUACAAGAUUAGUGGGACGUUGUACAGUUGGAAAUAGGCAUGGAUUACUAGUAUCAAAUAUGACAUCAGAUCAAGAACUGCAACAUCUAAGAAAUAGUUUGCCAGAUGAAAUAAAAGUCCAAAGAAUUGAGGAGCGAUUGAGUGCAUUGGGCAAUUGCAUAGCUUGUAAUGAUUAUGUAGCUCUGAUACAUGCUGAUAUGGAUAAAGAAUCUGAAGAAAUCAUUCAAGAUAUAUUAAAUGUAGAAGUGUUUCGAACUACAAUUGCCGGCCAUGUUUUAGUUGGAAGCUAUGCUAGGUUUACAAAUCAAGGUGGAAUAGUCCAUACAAUGACAUCUGAGGAAGAGAUGAAUGAAUUAUCUGCUUUAUUACAAGUCCCUGUAGCAUCUGGAACAGUUAACAGAGGUAGCGACGUAAUUAGUGCAGGAGUUGUUGUAAAUGACUGGGCUGGUUUUGUUGGGAUGGAAACCACAGCUACUGAAAUGGCAGUAAUUGAAAGAAUGUUUAAACUUGGAAUUAAUAGUAUGUUUGCUCAAAAUCAAUCCAGUGAUACUGAUAUGAAACUCCGAUGUUCUCUGAUAGACACUUUAGCAUAA